AUGAACGGCCCCCCGGUCUUGCAGGUGGACUUGAAGGAAGCGCUUAUGGGGCUGGUCUCCCCGAAAGACGAGGAAGCUACCCAAUCCGGGCCGGUCCCCAACUCUCCCCAUAUAAUUCGAUUUGUUGACUAUGUCCCUGCGGAAACUUCAUUCACCAUGACUUCCACAGCGACCAAUUUCCAAGGCUGUUAUCCCGUGACGGACGGGGCAACGACAACAAGCAGUUGCCUAUCAUGUCCUACGCCCCAGAGUUUCGUGCAGUCCGGCACUUUUGCCGAUUGUUUACCUCCCAGUUCCACGGCUCUCGCAACAACUUGUUACGAUAAUACAAUCGCAUAUGCUAACGGUGGGAGUCACACAUGUGGUGGUAGUGCUUCUUGUCUCACCUUGACUAUCGCCCAAACAUCGCCAAUGGACAGUGCUAUAGCGACGAGAUUUAUGUGUGCCAAUGAUUGGGACUAUGGCACCACCGGCACUCUCUACCGAGAUCUCGUCGUGUCCGCUACCACCACUGGUGUCUCUUCGACCACCUCUUCUUCAACUGCCACUACAGUAUCAUCCGGGGCCAUAAGUACAUCAACUACUCAACCAACCCAGCCAACUGGGUCAAGUGAAACAGGUCAACCGGCAAAGUCGGGUACUGGUAGCUCAACGCUAUCUGGGGGUGCGAUCGCGGGUAUCGUCCUCGGAGUUGUAGCAGUCAUUCUCCUUGCAGCUAUUUUGAUCCGCCAGUUUUACCCUGGGGUGUUCGGCAAAGGGAAACCGAGGGAUAUGUACGACAUCCCAGAACAAUUUUGGGGAAGAUCGCAACCCCACAGAUUCGAUAUGGUGCGUGAACUUGGAACAUACGAGCCAAAUAAUGUGCAUGAGAUCGGAUCUUCGGCUUACAAACCAGUUUAA